AGCCUCUCUCGAGCCAUGGCGGCGCCUGUGAGGGGGAGACUUAGUGUUUGAGAAGGAUAAGCGAGGACUGCGCCGUCGUGGUUCCUUUUUAAAAUCUCUGAGCGUGGGCAGACAGCUUAAACUGUGUCUCUACUAAGAAUCUGAGCGCUCUCUGACUACUUUAUCAAUCUGAAAAAGUGGAUCAGACACUUUUGAAUAAAGUGAGAUUAAGCUCUGAGGUAAAGCCUUCAUCAAGUAGUGCAAACAAUGGCUGACGACAGCGUGUUACCAUCUCCUUCUGAGAUAACUAGCUUGGCAGACUCUUCAGUGUUUGAUUCUAAAGUUGCUGAAAUGUCCAAGGAAAACUUGUGCUUGGCGUCUACUUCAAAUGUUGAUGAAGAAAUGCCGCAGGUUGAAGCAAGAGUGAUAAUGGUCCAGGAUGCUGGGAAACAAGAAGAACUUCUAAAGGCCUUAAAGACUAUUAAGAUAAUGGAAGUCCCUGUUAUAAAGAUAAAAGAAAGUUGUCCUGGAAAAUCGGAGGAAAAAUUAAUAAAAAGUAUUAUUAAUAUGGAAAUGAAAGUGCCCUGUGUAAAGAUGGACUCAAUGGAAGAAUUUGAAAGUUUGGAUUCCCCAGAAUUUGAGAAUAUAUUUGUAGUUACUGACUUCCAGAAUUCUGUCUUCAAUGACUUAUACAAGGCUGAUUGUAGGAUUGUUGGGCCACCAGUUAUACUCAACUGUGCACAAAGGGGAGAGCCCUUGCCGUUUUCCUGCCGGCCGCUGUAUUGUACGAGUAUGCUGAACCUGGUGCUCUGCUUCACUGGAUUCAGGAAGAAGGAGGAGCUUGUCAAAUUGGUGACGUUGGUUCAUCAUAUGGGUGGAGUUAUUCGAAAAGAGUGUAAUUCCAAAGUAACACAUCUGGUGGCAAAUUGUACACAAGGCGAAAAAUUUAGGGUUGCUGUGAGCCUGGGCACUCCAAUUAUGAAGCCAGAAUGGAUUUAUAAAGCGUGGGAAAGACGCAAUGAACAGUGUUUCUGUGCAGCAGUUGAUGACUUUAGAAAUGAAUUUAAAGUUCCUCCAUUCCAAGAUUGCAUUUUAAGUUUCCUGGGAUUUUCAGAUGAAGAGAAACAUAGUAUGGAAGAAAUGACUGAAAUGCAAGGAGGUAGCUAUUUACCAGUUGGGGAUGAAAGGUGCACUCACCUUAUUGUUGAAGAGAAUACAGUAAAGGACCUUCCAUUCGAACCUUCAAAGAAACUUUUUGUUGUCAAGCAAGAGUGGUUCUGGGGAAGCAUUCAGAUGGACGCUCGUGCAGGAGAGACUAUGUAUUUGUAUGAAAAGGCUAAUACUCCUGAGCUCAAGAAAUCGGUGUCUCUGCUUUCUCUAAGUACUCCAAACAGCAACCGCAAGAGACGGAGAUUGAAAGAGACCCUGGCUCAGCUCUCCAGGGAGACUGACCUCUCUCCUUUCCCUCCCCGGAAGCGGCCCUCAGCUGAGCACUCUCUUUCUAUUGGCUCACUCCUGGAUAUCUCCAACACACCCGAGUCCAGCAUCCACUAUGGAGAAACACCGAAGUCCUGUGCUAAGUCUUCUAGAAGUUCUACUCCAGUUCCUCCAAAGCAGUCAGCCAGGUGGCAGGUGGCGAAAGAGCUCUACCAGACUGAGAGCAAUUAUGUCAAUAUACUGGCCACAAUCAUUCAAUUAUUUCAGGUGCCCUUAGAAGAAGAAGGACAGCGUGGUGGGCCUAUUCUUGCACCUGAGGAGAUCAAGACUAUUUUUGGGAGCAUCCCAGAUAUCUUUGAUGUGCAUAUGAAGAUCAAGGAUGAUCUUGAAGACCUUAUUGCUAACUGGGAUGAGAGCAGAAGUAUUGGUGACAUCUUUCUUAAAUAUGCAAAAGAUUUGGUAAAAACCUACCCUCCGUUUGUAAACUUCUUUGAAAUGAGCAAGGAAAUGAUCAUUAAAUGUGAGAAACAAAAGCCCAGAUUUCAUGCUUUCCUCAAGAUAAAUCAAGCUAAACCAGAAUGUGGACGACAGAGCCUUGUGGAACUUCUCAUCCGGCCAGUGCAGAGGCUACCCAGUGUCGCUUUACUUUUAAACGAUCUUAAAAAGCAUACAGCUGAUGAAAAUCCAGACAAAAGCACUUUAGAAAAAGCUAUUGGAUCACUAAAAGAAGUAAUGACACAUAUCAAUGAGGAUAAGAGAAAAACAGAAGCACAGAAGCAAAUUUUUGAUGUUGUUUAUGAAGUAGAUGGAUGCCCAGCUAAUCUCUUAUCUUCUCAUCGGAGCCUGGUGCAACGAGUGGAAACGGUUUCCCUUGGUGAGCACCCUUGCGACCGAGGAGAACAAGUCACUCUCUUCCUCUUCAAUGACUGCCUCGAGAUAGCAAGAAAGCGGCACAAGGUUAUUGGCACUUUUAGAAGUCCUCACGACCGCACCCGGCCCCCCGCUUCUCUGAAGCACAUUCAUCUCAUGCCUCUUUCUCAGAUUAAGAAGGUGCUGGACAUCCGAGAGACAGAAGAUUGUCACAAUGCCUUUGCCUUGCUUGUAAGGCCACCAACAGAACAGGCCAAUGUACUGCUCAGCUUCCAGAUGACGUCAGAGGAGCUUCCAAAGGAGAGCUGGCUGAAGAUGCUGUGCCGACAUGUAGCCAACACCAUUUGUAAGGCAGAUGCUGAGAAUCUUAUGUAUGUGGCUGAUCCAGAAUCCUUUGAAGUAAAUACAAAAGAUAUGGAUAGUACAUUGAGUCGAGCAUCUAGAGCAAUAAAGAAGACUUCAAAAAAGGUUACAAGGGCAUUCUCUUUUUCCAAAACUCCCAAGAGAGCCCUGCGGAUGGCUCUUUCAUCAUCCCAUAGCUCAGAGGGAAGGAGUCCUCCGAGCAGUGGCAAGCUUGCUGUGAGCCGUCUGUCCAGCACAUCAUCCUUAGCAGGUAUUCCAUCUCCCUCCCUUGUCAGCCUCCCUUCUUUCUUUGAACGGAGAAGUCAUACAUUAAGUCGAUCUACAACUCACUUGAUAUGAAACUUAAGUCCUGUGGGACCUAUGCUUCAACAAGACGCUGACUUAAGUGGUACUUUGAAUUAGCACUUGGUAAAGUUGUAGAGAAGAUUAGUAACACUAACCAACGCCGUUUUAUUUUCUUGAAAUACAAUUUUCAAGAUGGUCUAUGUAAAAAAAAUAUGGAUUUUGAUGUAAUUUAUCUUUAUUUGAAUCUCACAUCUGAAGACCAGUGACUUAAGUUAUUCCUGAUAAUCAGUAGCUUUGUAACCCUGAUACAGUAAACAGUUGGUGGGUGCAAAAUACUAUUGUGUAUUUGUAUAGUAUCUUGAAUUUUUGGAAGUACAUAUUUGUGUAUCUCAAUUUGUGCAAAGACUGAACAGCAAUGCAACACUUGCUGAAUAAAACCCUCUGAUUAAAUUCUAGAGGCUUGUUCAGUUCGAUUGUUUGAUGUACUUAACUGCGCUUUUGCAGUUUAUUUUCUUUUAAAAUAAGAGAUCUAACACAUGAAUUUUAAAGGAUACACCAUUAUUAACCAUACAAUUACGAUCGUUUGGAAUUUUCUUUUGCAAAUUGAGAUAAGAAGAGAAAGAUUACAAAACAUUGUAUAUGUUGCGAAGAUAAGAUAUUAGUAUGUACUUUAUAAUUGUUUCAGAGACUUUUAUUUUUAUUUUAUUUUCUUAUUCUAGACACUAGCAAAUCUUGAUUUAGUUUUGACUACUGUAUUGAAUUUAUUUCAAAGGAUAAGACCACGUGAAAACUGUGUUAAGAAUUGCUUCUGUUCUUUGUACAGUUCUGAAGUUGUCUUCAGUUUUGCUAAUCGCCUGUGAAAAGCAUAGAUAUAAUGUGUGGUGAACUUUUUAUUGUGGUCAUAUCAUUAAAAUAAGAUUGGAAAUUUAUUGUCAAAAAUUUUGUGAAUCUGCCAUUAUCUUCUACUGCAAUAUUUCUUUUAGUCAGUAAUACAGAAUGACUGGGCUACUAUGGCCAAGAAUAUUUUAUUUCUUACACGUUCAGAGGAGUGUUACAGGUCUCCUUGUUACAUAAUUUUCAAUAAUCUGCUUUAAUAGUUUAACUGACUGGAUUUUUUUCUAUACCAUGUAUGUACCAAUUCACACGUUAGUAAAUGACCUUGUUUUGCUAUAUUUUAAAAGCAGUUAUAUUAGCAAGAACUUUGUAAAUAAAUAGCUUUAAAAUACAAGUA